AUGGCUCGGCCGAUCAGUAAGCAGCUCCUCCGCCGCCCGAAUCCACAUAGCCCUCUACCUCAAACGCAUCCCCUAACCACAACCUUCGUCUCUCUCGACCCAUCCACCACCUGGCCGCCCCCCACCAUCACCUCUCUAAACCCCAGCGCCAAAGUCCCCAUCCUCUCAAUCACACCUCCAAAUUCCACUACCGGCAACGAAGGGGGCGAGGACGGAAAGAACCCCAUCAUCCUCACCCAAUCCCCCGCAAUCCUAGAAUACCUCGAAGAAACCUUCCCCUCACGCACUCCCCUCCUCCCGAGAGCCCCCCACGAAUGGCAGAAACGCGCCAAGGUGAGGGAACUCGUGUCCCUCAUCUGCACCGACAUCCAACCACCCACGAACCAAUCGUGCCUCCUCCUCAUAAACCACCUUUCUACAUCCCUCGCCACCUCCGUCCUCCCCGAAUCCUCUUCCCUCGCACCUUUCACGCCCCAGAAUCCUUCUCCGGGCAAACUUUUCGCCGUCCAGAUCCUCACAUCGGGACUUGCAGCCUACGACGCCCUGAUCGCCGAAUGCGCGGGGAAGUUUUCUGUGGGCGAUGAGGUUACGUUGGCGGAUGUGUGUCUUGUGCCUGCUGUGCUGAUGGCGGAGGGGUAUGGGGUCGAUUUCAAUGAGGAGAGGUUUGCGAGGGUGAGGAGGGUGUUUGAGGAGUGUAUGGGGAUGUGGGAGUUUCGGGAGGGGAGUAGGAGGGAGGGGGAAGAGAAGAGGCAUCCGUGUGGUUUGGAGCAGGAGAACCCUAGGGUGGGGAGUGAGGAGAGGGGAGCAGAGGAAUGA